GUGUUGGAUAUUUACAAUUCUUACUGACAAAACCAAAAACACUAAGAAAAUAAAAUAAAAAAAUAAGCGCAGCAUAAUUGACUGUUACACAAAAUGAGUCAAUGUUUCAAAUUCGCUGUUGGCUAUGAUAAUGAAACGUUACAUUGGAUACAUUUAUAAUUAGGCCUAUUUCAAAACUAGGGUAGUCUGCUUUAAAUGAAAAUGGCUCUCCUUGAUGUCUGCGGAAUAUCAGACUGGGUAAAAGAAGACACGUUCAACCCAGAGAGCGCAUCGGUUGAUAGAGUCAACCACUUCAGUUUUGCAGCCCGGGAACCGGAGUUCGCCGUUCCGAUCGGAGUGGAUCCAGCUGAGUUUUUAAAGCCACUUACAGAGAGUGAAGAUGGAGUAGAGGGUGUCAGAAUUAAGCUGGAACAUGGCACCACCACUCUGGCCUUUAAAUUUCAGCAUGGGGUGAUGGUGGCUGUGGAUUCAAGAGCCUCUUCAGGGUCUUACGUCAGCACUCAGAUGUUUAAAAAGGUGAUUGAAAUUAAUCCCUACCUACUCGGAACCAUGUCUGGAAGUGCUGCAGACUGUGUUUAUUGGGAGAGGGUCCUGGCCAAAGAGUGCAGAAUUUACAAGCUGAGAAACAAGGAAAGAAUAUCUGUGUCUGCUGCCUCUAAGCUGCUGGCUAACAUGGUAGCAAAUUAUAGGGGCAUGGGUCUUUCUAUGGGUACCAUGAUCUGUGGCUGGGACAAGAAGGGUCCUGGGUUAUACUACGUUGAUGAGGAUGGAUUGCGACUGAGUGGGAACAUGUUUUCAACGGGGUCUGGGAGCUCCUAUGCCUAUGGUGUGAUGGACAGUGGAUUUCGCUAUGACUUGACAGUGCCAGAGGCCUAUGAUUUAGCCCAGCGAGCAAUAUUUCAUGCCACACAUAGGGAUGCCUACUCUGGAGGAACAGUGAACAUGUACCACAUGAAAGAAAGCGGCUGGAUAAAAGUCUCACAAGAAGAUGUUGGAGACCUGUAUCAUCGCUUUGCAGCAGAGAAAAAGUGAAAUUGUUUAUUUGAACAGUGAAGAAACAAUAAAUACUGCUAAAAUAAACUAUUGUCUGUUAUU